CAAAAUUCGACAUUCUGUGAUCUGUGGUGAGCUGUCUAUCGAUCAGACGCAUGGCGUAAUUGUUCGGUAAUCUGUGGAUGUAAUGACGUGGAGUUUAAGAUGUGGAGGUUUUAAGUUUUAUUCUUCAUAGUUUUUUAAAUAAUUCGUUCUGUUGAUUGAUGAAAUUCACCAGUCUUGUUUAAAGAUGGCUACGUAUGAAGAAUAUAUCCAUCAAAACGAAGAACGUGAUGGCAUUCGUUUAACGUGGAAUGUUUGGCCCUCCAGUAGAAUUGAGGCCACCCGUCUUGUGGUACCUCUAGCUUGCCUCUAUCAGCCCAUCAAAGAACGUCCAGACUUACCCCCAAUUCAAUACGAUCCAGUGCUGUGCACUAGAAGUAAUUGCAGAGCCAUUCUAAAUCCAUUGUGCCAGGUGGAUUACAGAGCGAAAUUAUGGGUCUGUAACUUCUGCUUUCAGAGAAACCCCUUUCCACCUCAAUAUGCUGCAAUCUCUGAGCAACAUCAGCCUGCUGAGCUGAUGCCAAUGUUCUCCACCAUAGAGUACACGAUUUCAAGGGCUGCAACUAUGCCCCCAAUUUACCUCUAUGUGGUGGAUACUUGCAUGGAUGAGGAAGAGUUGAAUGCAUUGAAAGACUCUUUGCAAAUGUCCCUCAGUUUGUUGCCUCCUAAUGCUUUGAUCGGUUUAAUUACUUUCGGAAAAAUGGUGCAAGUCCAUGAAUUAGGAACUGAAGGAAUGAGCAAAUCGUACGUUUUCCGCGGUACAAAAGAUUUGAAUGCAAAACAGAUCCAAGACAUGCUAGGCAUUGGAAAAAUUGCCCCGAAUCCCCAAGGGAUGCCAAACCCUAAUCUAAGACCUGGUCAACCAGGGGCACCAGUUCAGGCACCAGUGCCUCCAGCCAGCAGGUUUAUUCAGCCAGUUGCAAAUUGCGAGAUGAAUCUAACCGAUCUUAUAGGAGAACUGCAAAGAGAUCCGUGGCCGGUUCCACAAGGAAAAAGGUUUUUAAGAUCAACUGGAGUGGCUUUAUCAAUAGCCAUAGGCCUUCUAGAAUGCACAUAUGCCAAUACAGGCGGUAGAGUUAUGCUCUUUGUGGGCGGACCGUGUUCUCAAGGUCCCGGUCAAGUCUUGAAUGAUGACCUUAAGCAGCCCAUCAGGUCUCAUCACGACAUCCAUAAAGAUAAUGCCAAGUACAUGAAAAAAGCAAUUAAACACUAUGAUAACUUAGCGACAAGAGUAGCUACUAAUGGGCAUUGUGUUGAUAUUUACUCAUGUGCUUUAGACCAGACUGGACUAAUGGAAAUGAAACAAUGUUGCAAUUCCACAGGAGGUCAUAUGGUAAUGGGAGACUCUUUCAAUUCAUCAUUGUUUAAACAAACUUUCCAGAGAGUUUUUGCUAAAGAUCAAAAUGGGCAAUUGAAAAUGGCCUUUAAUGGUACUUUGGAAGUAAAAUGCUCUAAAGAACUGAAAGUUCAAGGAGGCAUAGGGUCUUGUGUUUCCUUAAAUGUGAAGAGUCCUUUGGUAGCCGAUACUGAAAUCGGCAUGGGAAAUACAGUGCAAUGGAAACUGUGUACUUUCAAUCCUAGCACAACAGUCGCUUUAUUCUUUGAGGUGGUCAAUCAACAUACUGCACCCAUUCCGCAAGGUGGAAGAGGUUGCAUCCAGUUUAUCACACAAUAUCAGCAUGCUAGUGGUCAGCGACGUAUUCGAGUAACAACAAUAGCAAGAAAUUGGGCAGAUGCAGCUGUUAAUAUUAAUCACAUCAGUGCCGGAUUUGACCAAGAAUGCGCAGCUGUUAUUAUGGGAAGAAUGGCAGUUUUUAGGGCUGAAACCGACGAAAGUCCUGAUGUGCUCAGAUGGGUGGAUAGAAUGUUGAUACGUUUGUGUCAGAAAUAUGGAGAAUACAACAAAGACGAUCCAGCGUCAUUCAGAUUAGCUGAGAACUUCAGUCUUUAUCCACAAUUUAUGUAUCAUUUGCGACGGUCGCAGUUCUUGCAGGUGUUCAAUAAUUCACCAGAUGAAACUUCAUUUUACAGGCACAUGCUGAUGAGGGAGGAUUUGACCCAAUCUCUCAUUAUGAUUCAGCCUCUUUUGUAUAGCUACAGCUUCAAUGGGCCUCCAGAACCAGUUCUUUUGGACACCAGCUCAAUUCAGCCCGACAAAAUUUUGCUCAUGGAUACCUUCUUCCAAAUUUUGAUUUUCCAUGGAGAGACUAUAGCACAGUGGCGCAACUUGAAAUACCAAGAUAUGGCCGAAUACGAGUACUUCCGUCAUUUGCUUCAAGCUCCGAUAGACGAUGCUCAGGAUAUUUUGCACACUCGAUUCCCCAUGCCACGGUACAUUGAUACCGAACAAGGUGGAUCGCAAGCACGUUUCCUACUAUCUAAAGUCAAUCCCAGCCAAACCCACAACAACAUGUAUGCGUAUGGAGGCGCGAUCAUGACCGGUCAAAAUGGGGACUCUGGUGCACCUGUGUUAACUGAUGAUGUAUCUCUGCAAGUUUUCAUGGACCACCUUAAAAAACUGGCCGUAUCGUCUACAGCGUAAGAUUUGUAUGAAGUUAUCAUCUAGUAAACGUUUCUUUUAAGACAUAGUAGAGUUGCGGAGAAAAAGGUGUGUAAAUUUUAGAAGUUCAACUUAUCCCCAUGUUAAAAUGUAAGACCAAAUUCGCUAGAUGAAAUUGCAAUGUAAAACAUUCGUGUUUUAUUGUAAAUGAAUUAUUAUUGAACUACUGUUACUUUUAGAAGUCGUUUGUAAUAAUUCAGCUCUAUGUAAUUGUAAACUAGUCUAUGUUCGCCGAUUUUUUAUUUUGUUGCUAUAUUAUUUUCACAAAUAUAAGAUUUAUAUGUAUAAACCAAAAA